ACCGUCAGUCCCACCGCCAUUGUUUCGCCAACCUUUACUUCUGGGACGUGAAUUAAUGUGCGUAAAGUUGAAUUUUUUCACAAAUUGUCUCAUUAAAAGGCGAUAGAAGACCGUGGACAUUGGCCAUUUGGCGAUUAAAUCCGGGUGGAAAAGGUGACGUUUCGAUUAGACAACUCGACAGCCGUGAACGGGAACGAUUGGAGUGGGAAGAAGAGGAAGAACGCCUCCGCCAACGUAGCAUGUCCACAAUGAAUCCCGAAUACGAUUACCUGUUCAAACUUCUUCUGAUCGGUGACUCUGGUGUCGGUAAAUCGUGUUUACUCCUCCGUUUCGCUGAUGACACGUACACAGAGAGUUAUAUAUCCACCAUAGGUGUGGAUUUUAAAAUAAGGACCAUCGAUCUCGAUGGUAAAACGAUAAAACUACAGAUUUGGGAUACAGCUGGCCAGGAGAGAUUCCGAACAAUAACGAGUUCCUACUACAGAGGGGCACAUGGUAUUAUUGUUGUGUACGAUUGCACGGAUCAGGACUCAUUCAAUAAUGUUAAGCAGUGGCUAGAGGAGAUUGAUCGUUACGCGUGUGACAAUGUCAAUAAGUUGCUAGUCGGCAAUAAGUGUGAUCUCACUCCCAAGAAAGUCGUUGAUUAUGCAACUGCUAAGGAAUACGCAGAUCAAUUGGGCAUUCCCUUCCUGGAGACAUCGGCGAAGAACGCCAUGAACGUGGAGCAGGCGUUCAUGACAAUGGCUGCUGAGAUAAAAGCCAGAGUUGGCCCUCCCUCGGGUGCUGCUGUCGAUCCCGCUAAUAAAGUCAAGAUUAAUCAAGGGCGUGAUGUCGAUGCACCAAAAUCCGGAUGCUGCUGAAACUUCCAACUCGUUUACUCCCAAUUUAAUAACCAAAAUAACAUCACAAUACGGCAUUAUCCUGGUGCAGGCUUGAGUGGAUCAGCCAACAGGGACACCAGAACAUUGCUCGAUGUAUUUGGUUAACACCUACGAAGAAACAUAAACCGAAAAAAUGGCAAAAAGUAAUAAAAAAAAAAGCGUGUGAAAAAAAAUUGUUUUCCUCCCCCCAGAGGGAGAUAAUUUUUACAAGUAUCCUCCCUCCCACUCAAGGACCAUCAACCCGAGUUGUACAAAUGCUGAAAAAUGUUGAGAGAGAAAGAAAAAAUCAUCAUAAUUAACUGACGAUAAACCGAUGAUUGAGUAUGAGAUAAAAUCAAUUGAGAAUGAAUUAGUCAUAAAAUAAUGCGAAUGAACUGGGUAUGAUCUUCGCUGAAUUAGCUGCCUCUCCUACCUUAAUAGCCCAUCUGAAUAAUCCAUCGUGUUGGUAAUGAUAAAGUAAUAAAAAAAAAAGGGUGCGAGAGUGAUUCGAUUUCCGUAUAAUAAGAUUACACAUGAAAGCAAGUAAUUUUGUGAUUGAAUAAAGUCAAUCAUAACGAGAGGACUCAUUAAAAAAAAUACGAAUAAAAUUAGCACAUUUGUUCAAUAGAUCGAUAAAAAAUGCGACUAUCUCUGGAACGAUUGGGUUUACAGAAAAAUGUGACAGAAUAUUUUUUGUGGAGGAUUCAAUUCUGCACAGAACAUGUAUCUUGACUUUUCUCUCUAAAACCAAUAAUUUGAAAGAUAAUUCUCCAUUUUCACGAGUAAUUGGAUUUUUUUACACUCCAUUCAAUCACAAAAUGCAACACAAAUGAACUAAGUAAAUAAUUAAUUAAUUAGAUUGUGUAUGAUUGUGAAAAAAAAGGGAGAGAAGGAAAAUUAACUAUUGAAAUGAAACAACAGCAAGCACCAUUAUUUUUAGCCUAAUUGUAAUAUGUAUAGAUAAUUAUUCAAACGUGUGGUGGGUAAUAUCUGUAUUCCCCCCCUCCCCUCCUUUCCCUUUCCCCAAUCGUUGCUUAUCAUUUUUCCUUUAUUUGUUGGUUUAACGCUGGGCAAGCGCAGCAUAUUCAACUUUCAGUGUCCAAUAAAUGUUUUUUUAAUUGAACAAAAAAAUUUGAGUAGAUCUAUUAAUUAUGGAUCAAGUUAUUGCGAUGAUGUGGACAUGAAGCGGAAAAAACCAAUGGCCUGUUUUGCUUUUUUAAUAAAGAGAAAAUGAAUGAGAAAAGUCGUGAAAAUCUGUA